UUCUUCGUUAAUGAAUAUAAAAUGAACGGACGACUUUCUUUUACAUCUUUUACAUUUUUCUUGUUUUCGAUCAUACUUGUAAUUUUUGCAAGUGUCCCUGUAAUAGCUAUUGAUUAUCAAGCUAAAAGUUCAAUUAUAGAGAGUCCACUAUCAAUUAACGGAGAAUGCCCAUAUCCGUUAGUAUCAUUGAAAUCAACGGGAUUAUCAGAAACGAGUACUUCAUUUUGUCAAAAUGGUUGUUGUUUAUCAUGUCCUAUAGCGAAUAACUUUUAUAAAGAAAAUCAAAUUGAUUUGAUAUUUUACGCAUUAAGCGUAGUUAGAGCAAUAUCUUUUAUUUGCGUAUUAAUUAUAGUCGUCAGUUAUAUUGUAUUACCUAAUAAACGAGAACAUCCUGCUAUAACUGUUCUCUGUUUUAAUAUAAGUCUUUUAAUCUUUACCAGUGUGACUUUCUUUUAUAUGGGUGAUAUAAGAAAAAUUCAAUGUGCCGAUUUAAUAACUCAAGCAACUAUGAGAAAUAAUGCUUUAUGUGGUGUACAAGGAAUGGUCGUAGUGUUUUCAACGUUUCUUCUCAUAUUAUGGUGUUUCCUUUUAAUUUUGCAUCUCCAUUUUCAAACUGUAUGGGGAUCAAAUAUCGUUCAAAAAUAUCAUUUAAUAUCACACAUAUUUGUGAUAGCUUUGUCGGUCACGUUUACAAUUUUACCAUCUGCGAUGGGGAAAAUUUCAUUUGGUUUUGGUGCCGUUUGUUUGGUCUCACCAGGUUAUGAUAACACAUUAUUUUGGUAUCCUUUGGCGAUUUUCGCUAUUCCAGGAUUUUUGAUACAUUUUUGUACUUUUUUAUUUGUCGGAAAGUCUCAAUUUAUGAGUUCCCUAGAUUAUCAUGAUGAUUCUACAAUGUCACAAGAUAAUUCAAACUCAUCAAGAUUAAUGACAAAUGUCACAGGUCAAGAGAUAGUAAGAGCAAUUAGGAUUCAGUGGCGCGCCCUAAUGUUAGCCUUAAUCCUUCUUAUCACUUAUGUAAUAUAUUGGACUUAUGUUACAAUUGAAAUAGGUAAAAUAGCACCAAAAAAUUUCAACCCUCCGCAACCAUGGAUCCUAAAUUGGUUGAAUUGUAUUUACGAAAAUGGAAUGAAAAGUAAAAACGCACAAAAUAUAUGUUCAAGUUACGCAAUAGAUAAUUUACCAAAAAUUUCACAUUUAGCUGUUGCUGAAUCUGCAACGGCAACAUUAGGUAUAUGUGUAUUUAUCAUAUUUGGUACAAGUGUCGAUCUUUGGACAGAAUGGAAAUUAUACUUUGUUAGAAAAUUUAGAUGCGUAACACAUAAAAAUUCAGAUGGGGUUACUUGGGCAUAGACAUUUGUAAAUUUUGGGUUUAAUACACGAAAAUUUAAGGCAAUCAUUGCAUAUUUGUAUCAUAAUUAAAAGUUGAAAAAAAAUAUAAAAAAAAAUUGUAUUAUUUUCAUCACACAUUUACAAUAAAUAUAUUUGUUA